AUGUGCACCAGCAAUGGUGAUGUGUUUGACGACAAACAGUGCUUUGUAUUCACUGAAUUUAAGCAUUAUGAUGAAGUCAUGGAGUUAAUAUCAAAAAUAAAAACCGAAGUACUAGACUCUAGUAAAAAAGAGUACUUGGAGGAUAAACUUGUCGAAAUAUUUAAUUUUUACCAAGAGCAGCCUCACCUCCUUGAUCCUCAUCUCGAGGGAAUGAUAUCAGCUUGUCUGGAUGUAGUACACUGCUCCGUUUCAAAGCCGGAGGUUUUCCAUUUCGCGUUCAGGAUUCUCUAUCAAAUGACUAAAACCCGUGGAUAUAAAGCUAUAAUUCGUCUAAUGCCACAUUCAGUGGACGAUAUUGAACCAAAUCUAAGUCUUCUCAUGGAACAAAAGGUUGGAACUGUAGAGAAUUGGAAGACUCGUUAUAUACUUCUUCUGUGGUUAUCAAUUCUGGUUAUGGUCCCAUUCAGUCUGAGCCGUCUGGAUUUACCUGACAAGAAGCCUAUUAUUGAGCGUGUAGUAGACCUGGCAAAAUUACAUUUGGCGCAAGAAGAAAGAACUCAAGAGGCCGCUGCCUACCUCCUUGCCCGCACCGUCACAAGACCAGAUGCAGUUCAUAUUCAGCUUCCUUUGAUAGUUUCAUGGCUAAUAAAAAGCCUUAAGUGUGAUGUUACUGUUAUUGAGAAUGAAAGGUUAGUAUGUGGCGUUCUCAGAUGUAUAGCUAAUAUAUGCAAACUAGGCCGCCGUACUGAACUUCUGCCACAUGCUAAUAGUCUACUGGAUGCAAUACUUCAAAUGUCAAAAGAUGGCUUUGUUGGAGUUCUUAUCUGUCAUCUUAAAACAAAAGUUCUCCAGAGAGUUGGAUUAUUAUUUUGCCCACCCUUGAACACAACAUGGCGGUACUAUCGAGGAUGUCGAUCAUUGCAGGACAACCUAGAUUUACGCUUAGCGGAUCAUGACAAAAAAGCGAAUUCUCCUAACAACUCAAAUGGUUUAUCAGUUGCAAAUCCGUUAUCAAAUGGAAAUGGCCAAAGUACUACUACUACUACUAUCACAGCUGAUAUUUCUGAUGGUUAUACAUCAAAUGGAGAUAUUGAAAUCUCUAAUAUAGAUGAAGUUGCAGAAGUUAUUGAUAACCUGAUUGGUUCACUGCGCAGUCAAUAUACCCAUGUCCGAUGGUCUGCAGCUAAGGGAAUUGGACGCUUAUGUGCGCGUUUAUCCAGUUCAAUGGUAGAUGAUGUCCUGUCGGCUGUAUUAGCCUUAUGUACAAAGUUGGAACCAUAUACUGCAUGGCAUGGAGCUUGUUUAACUCUAGCUGAGCUUGGUCGUCGUAGUCUUCUUUUACCUUCCAAACUUUCAGAAGUAGUUCCAGUUGUUCUGCGGGCUUUGUUUUAUGAUGAACGUUCUGGUGAUCACAAAUAUGGAUCAAAUGUUCGCGAUGCUGGUUGCUAUGUAUGCUGGUCAUUUGCUAGGGCAUAUCAUCCCAAAGAUUUUGAGAAGUAUGUAAUUCCUAUAGCUAGUGCACUGGUCCUAGUGAGCCUUUUUGAUCGAGAGAUUAAUGUUCGUCGAGCUGGAGCCGCUGCAUUUCAGGAAAAUGUCGGUCGACAGGGUCAGUUUCCACAUGGGAUAGAAAUUCUAACCACUUGUGAUUAUUUUAGCGUUGGAAGUCUUCAUCGUUGUUACCUUCAGUUGAGUACAUUUGUGGCUAAAUACAAAGAAUAUGUAAGACCUAUGAUUGACCAUUUAGUCAGUGUUCGCCUUGGACACUGGGAUGAUUCAAUUCGAUAUUUGGCUGCUUGUGCCUUAGGCAGUUUGUGUUCAUUUGAUUCAAAUUAUAUGAUGGAAAGUGUUUUACCUCAGUUAAUUAUUGAUUCAUGGAAAUCUACAUUACACACUCAACAGGGAUGUUUAUUUGGUACCGGAGAAUUGGUAUAUGCUUUGUCUAGUUAUGGAAUAAGUGAAGCGAAUUUGUCCGGCAUUAAAGAAAUUGUCCCUAUAUUAAUACAAAAAAACAAAUUUCGUGGCUUAAGUGGUGAGUUGAUUCGUAGAGCAACCAGUCAUCUUAUUCAAAAGUGUUCAUUGGCAAAACUUCCACUGUAUGAUGAUCCAGUGAUAGAAGUUUGGCGUGAAUUCUUGGACGAUUGCAUUAGGCACAAGACUGCUGAUGUACAGAAUGCUGCAGUAAAUGCAUAUCCAUGUUUCCUGUCAACCUAUUUGUACAGUCGAAACGGUGAACUGAAGACCGACUAUCAAGAUCUACUCUAUAAACACUUCAUGCUCCAGUUAACUACUAACUGUGAGUCGACGUUGUCUGGCUAUUUACAAGUUAUUAGUACUUCUCCAUGUAGUCUGUAUACUGGACAUGUUGCUGAGUUGUUGGAUAAAGUGAUUAAAGCCUGUCAACCAACUGCACAAACACAAUAUUGGAUUAAUUCUCGGCAAUCAGCUUUAAAAGCUCUUGUUGCCAUUCCAAAAAAUCUUGGACGGAAUCAUCAAGAACUAGACGUUCAUCUUUUGAAAUCUAUCCUGCCUGUGUUACUUAACUCUUUAUCCGAUUAUUCAACAAAUUCUAACGGGGAUGUAGGUUCUCUUGUUCGCGUAGUUGGAAUGCAGUGUUUGGGAUCAUAUAUUGAUUUUCUGGUGAAUAGUCAAUACACAAGUUCUAUUGGCUCAGAUGUAAUGGAAGAAACGAUGAUCAGCAUAGCACAACAAGCUGUGGAGAAGAUAGACAGAACACGUGGUGUGGCUGGACAAGUAUUUGCUUCUUUGCUUCAUCACGACCCUCCUAUAGAUACAAUGCCUCGUUUACAAGAAUUGAAACAAAUUUUUCCCAGGUCGAUAUGUGAUGACAUGAUGUGGAGUUCAGCUACUGCAACUUUUCCACUAUUCAUAAAAUUAUUAGAUUUUCCAGAAUAUCGUUACAAUUUAAUUUUGGGUUUGCUAGUUAGCAUUGGUGGACUAACAGAAUUAACGCUUCGACGGAGUACUGAAGCUUUAAGUACAUACUUACUUGAUCAUGAAACGAACCAACCGUUUAUCACUGAAAUUUUAGAAAUUGUACAACGUAUUUUGGAAUCUCAUUCUGGAGAGGAAAGGAUUAUUUUACCUCUAUUGAAAUCUCUGGACUUUUUAUUGAAUGAUCCAAUCAUUAGUUCGACAACUGAUAAAGAAAACCCAGUUCUUUUGAAAUUAACUAAUGGCACAUGGAAUGAGAUUAGAAAAACAAAAAAUAUACCACGUAUCAAAAGUGGAAUUGAUGUACUUGCUGGGAUGUUACAAUUUGAUGGAGUUGUUCGAAAACGUGCUCUAACUCUGAUGAUGAUUACUUUGGGAUAUCGUUAUCCAAUUAUACGUAAAGCAACAGCGACUGAAUUAUACGAAUGCCUUUUGGUAUAUGAAUUGUGUCAACCUGAAUUGUCCGAUCAGUUAUCAUCUCUACUGACUGAAACGAUAUGGGAGUCGGAUCUGUCAAUAGUACGGCCAAUACGUGAUCAAAUCUGUGAUCUGCUUCAAGUUCCUGUUCCAAAAGCUGUUAGCGUUAAUCAGAAUGAAUAA